AUGGACCAGGAGCACGCUAAAGAGGCCGUUGACGGCGAUGUCGACAUGAAAGAGAGCCCCAUUGAAUCUAGCGUAGAUAUGGAAGACAACUCGGCUCAAGAUGAACCUCACGAUUUAUUUCAGCUGAUCUAUGAUCUUUCGAAAUAUCUAUGUAGCGUCGAAGAAGGUGGUGAAGAGCUCGCAGCUGGGUUUCAGCGCAUCCCCAACAGACGCCUCCUGCCCGACUACUUCGAUAUCAUUGCCGAACCUAUUGCUUUCAGUACUAUACGGAGUAAAAUACAAAAAAAGCAAUAUUCUACCUUCCCCGAGUUUGUCAGAGAUGUCGCCCAAAUAUGCCACAAUGCCCAGGUUUACAAUCGUCCCUCAGCGCCUAUCUUUGGGGCUGCUGAACGACUACGAGAAGUCUUCAAAGCGGAACUUCAAAAACUCGUUGACAGUGGAGAUGUUACAGAGGACGAUGCGCGUUUGCCGGAUUUGGGAGAGCUGCCUCCUGUCGAAUCAUCACCAUCACUGGAGUCUGAGGCUGAGGACGAAGAAGACGGACGGCCAAACAGAGCUGAGAGACGCAUCGGCAAUCAAGAUGACGAUGACGACGACGAGGAAGAGGAGGAGGAAGAAGCUACCGACGAAGACUCCGACGAUGAAGACUACGGGGGCGGACGCCGAAGACGAUCCGGUCGAGGCGACCGUAGCACUGAUAAAGAUUCGAGUUUCCAGCAAAAAAGCCGCCGGCCCCCGAUGGUUUUGACACCGACAGAAGCCAGAAUCUUUUCGAUCCUUAAAGAACUUAGGAAAGUCAAGGAUAAAGAUGGGAGUUCUCUUGUCGCACCAUUCGAGAGACUGCCAGAUAAGAUGGUCGUCCCAGACUACUACCAGAUAAUUACAAACCCCAUGGCAUUGGACAGCAUCAAAACGAAGGCGAAGCGAAAAAAGUAUCAGACGGUUGACCAGGCGCUAUCAGACCUGGAGUUGAUGUUUGAAAAUGCGAAGCUAUAUAACGAAGAUGAUAGCGAGGUGUUCGAAGCUGCUGUAAAUCUGCAGCAGCAGGCUCGGGUACUGGCAGAGCAGGAAAAGAUGAAGCCAGAUGAUGAUUUCCGAGAUGAGGACGGCAGGCUUCCCCUAGCAGGCAUUGACUAUGGCGGAGAAGUCUGGAAAGUUGGCGACUGGGUGCACAUUCGCAACCCCAAUGACUUGGCAAAACCCAUUGUUGCUCAAAUAUUCCGCACAUGGCAGGACCGUGAGGGCCAAAAGUGGAUUAAUGCCUGUUGGUACUACAGACCGGAGCAAACGGUCCAUCGAUACGAAAAACACUUUUACGAGCGCGAAGUGGUGAAGACAGGCCAAUACCGCGACCAUCCGAUUGCAGAUGUCAUUGACCGCUGCUACGUUAUGUUUGUCACGCGAUUCAACAAAGGCCGCCCCCGAGGACUCUCCCCAGACAAAGAUGUCUACGUCUGCGAAUCUCGAUAUAACGAAGAAAAAUUCCACUUCAACAAGAUCAAAACAUGGGCAAGCUGUGUUCCAGAUGAAGUACGAGAUAAAGACUAUGAGAUGGAUUUAUUUGAUAUUCCCCACCAGAUGAAGAAGAUACCCAGCCCAAUCAAGCAUCUCCUGCGCGACGAUGCCAAGGAAACAGAUGAACUUCCGCGGCCUACAUGGGGAAGCCCGAAUGCUCCACCCAUAAUUGGCGCCGUCCAUCGUCGACCACCAGGACCGAAUGAAUCACCGCCUCCAGAUAUGAUGCUGCCUGCAAUGCCUGUCAUGUCCAAGAUUCCUCCAGAACCAGCUCAACGCCUCCCAACCAACCCGGCGGCUAAGGACGCUUCGAGUGAGGCCGCGAGAAACGGUGCUGUCCCUUACUCCAUGGUUGGCGCAAUACCAGCUCCGAACCAGUAUUACGGGCAUAUGCCACAACAUUUCCAGCCGGUCAAUCCGACUGCCGGGUCAAAUAUACCGCAGACGCCUGUCCCUAUUCCUCAUCCACCGCAACAGACUCCUCCUGCGCAUAUGCAGAUGCGAUCAGUGCAGUAUCAAUAUCAGCCUCAGCCCGCAUACAUGCAAAAUUAUAACCCAGGCUUUGCUCAAUCACCGGUUAUACCUAUGCAUCAUCAACAAAUGCCAAAUCCUCGGCCUACGGGGUACAUGCAAGGCCAUGCUGCCACAGUACCCAGACCACCAGUAAUGGGUACACCUAGCGCCGUUCAGGCACAUGCUAACAUGUACAAUCCGCCACGGCCCCCUGAGGUUUAUACGUUACCAGACAACAUCAAUGAAACCUUGCCCGAGACGAUACGGCGCGAAUUCCAGCAUGACGAUGCGGGAAGGGUUUUGUUCUUUUCGGCUGCUCCUCUUGAUCGCUCUUGUGGCGGCCUGUCGCCAGAAAGCGCGGGACUUGGACAUAGCGCCAAAUACCUGGCUGGGCGGGAGACUUGGUUAGCUGAACGCGAAAAGAAGCGAAAAGACCGAGACGAAGCGCUGCAUGGCCUGCGAGAAAAAGUACUUCGCAUUGAACAAGGCCCUGACGAGUCUCCAGUCGUCUCACAAGCUACUCGCGCAAUCGAGAUAUUCUUUGAGCAACUCAACCAGGAGACUGAACAGUUGAAAGGUGACAUUGGGUUAGAAGUUUAG